GCUGCUGUCCUUGGUCAUGUUUGUAUCAGGGUCUGUACCUGACACCCCACAACAGGUGGUGACGAAGUACAACAACUACAAAACAAUAUGUACCGGACUGGGUUAUAAAGCCACACUAUGCGACGGUGAACAGACAGACAUACUUGGUUUCCAAGCGUCAAUGAAAGAUAACUUGGAGAAUAUGAAAACCCGUGAGACAGUAAUAUUUAAUCAAGUUUCCCUGAAUGAAGGCAAGGCUUACGAUACCAACUCAGGAAAAUUCACCGCGCCGAUUGAUGGAGUUUAUUUCUUUAGCUGGGGAAUACUUACAGAAAAUGGGAAAUAUUUUGUAACUGAAAUUGUUCGAAAUGGCAUUUCAGUUGCGUACAAUUACACCGAUGGAAGAGGUCGCCAGCGCGGAGCAGGAAAUAUAAUGACGUCAUCGAACGCUUUAAUCAAAAUGAAGAAAGGCGAUGAAGAUGAAAGAGAGAAAUCUACUGAAAUGGCUCGGAAUGUGAAUAAACUUACCAAAAAACUGGAAAUGUCAGAUCUUGCCCUUAUGACCCUUCAACCUCUGAUCAAUCUAACAGAUGUUAAUCCAAGGUGCAUUGGUUAUCCAGACGGAAUCUACGACAAUGAAUUAAUGAGAGGAAGAGGACCAUUCGGUUUUUAUAAAAAGUGUUACAAAGAGCGAGUUAUAGAAACAGAAGUGUGUCCUGAUCCAGAAAAUUGGCACUGGCGUGCUUACCCAUACAAAGGACAUUGCGUUUCAGCUUUUGAAAUACCCAUGUAUUUUCACAAGUUUGGUUUUCUUCCGUCUUGUUUUGGGAAAAGUGAUGGCAGCUAUCAAUAUCUUAAUCGCCCUUGCGAUGCAUACUACACGUGCACCAAUGGAACGGCAAAGGGAAUCAAGUGCCCCGGAAGCCAGCUUUUCAAUGUAGUAACCGGUACUUGUAUGGAAGGAGCGCAGUGUGUUGAAUGAGUUUA